AUGCGAACUUCCCAGAGACGAUCAUUGGCUUGUGUAGAAUGUACAAAGAGGAAAGUCAAGUGCGACAAGCAGGUGCCCUGUUCGCGAUGUAGCCGGCUACAACUGCAGUGUUACCGAGAAAAGGUCCGCCUAAAAAGGAGUGUUCUUCAGCACGAGAGUCAGAUCGAUUUCUUGAAUGAAAUCAUCACUGAUCUUGAGACCUCGGCGCAGCAACUCGUCCUGAGCACCACCAUUGGCAAACUGAAAGCACGUGUGCAACUUUUACAGUUUGGAGACGAGCAAAUCAGCCAGGGGUCCAGAGAGGGUACGCCAAUCGCACCCGUGUCAGAGACUUUGCCCGCCCAGACCCAUGAGCCCGAGAGCAAUCCGCGGGCUGUUCACCAUGAAGGUGAUCCCUCGCUCAUCACUGCCCUGGAACACCUGGCUUGGGGCAGAGUCUCUCGGAACUGUUUUCCCCACCGAACAUGUCGAUGCGAACACAGAAAACUCGCAUUACCAGGCGUGCAUAUCUCACAAGAGAUGGGGCUUCCAUUCGUCCCGGACAACCAGGAUGCGCGAAGCUUGAUUCAAUUUCAUCUACAACACCUUGCGUGGCAUCACAAUUGCCUCCAUGGGCCAACAUUCUCAGAACAAUGCGAAAACUUCUGGAUAUCGGGCGUGGUCGAUCAUCCGCUAUGGCUGGCCCUUUAUUUCUCGGUUUUGAGCGCCACCGUGUUUGCAAUCCAGAAUAGUCAAAAGUCCAAGAACCUGGUCGAGCUUGGAGACGACCUACCCCAGGCGCAGGAACUCUUCUCAAGCAUGACCAAUGUCCUGUUUCGGUUUCAAUUUCUCAGCGACCUGAACAUAUACUCGGCACAAGCGAUUGCGAUAUCAACCGAGGUAGCCCACAAUCUGGGGCAAAGCCAACUCAACGCCACCUUGUUCAAUGCCGCCGUGAGAAUUGCCGAAUGUCUAGGGCUGCAUAGAAUUGAGGAUACGGCGGAGGAAGAUUGGGCGACCAAAGCAGAACGUGAAACUGGAAAGAGGGUCUGGUGCCAAGUAACUAUUCAAGAUCAUUUCGCCAUCCCCUUUACCGAAUCGUAUACAAUAUCCCCAGGUCACGUCUCGACAACUUUUCCAUCAAAUGCGGAUGACCAUGAUCUCAUAGAUCAGCCGGAAAAUGUACCGACGGUCAGCAGUUAUGUACGAGUACUCUCCAAGAUGGCGUCUUUGAUGCCCGAGAUGCUCGAUGGCCUCGGUCCCGCCAAGAACGCCCGACCUCUCCAGGAGCAAUAUAUGCAUAUCUUGAGCAUCGACCGGCGCAUGAGGGAGACUGUCAAGACAUUUCCUUCUUUCUUCCUACGACAAGACUCGGAGAAGGAGAUACAUUUUCCAUGGCUUGGAGUCGCAAGAAAAAGUCUCGCGAUUACGGCUGCCGAAAAGAUCAUCAUGAUUCAUAGACCAUUUCUUUUCAGGUCAUUCCAAAUGCCACUAUACGCAUUUACCCGAAAAACGUGUACGGCAGCUGCUACGACUAUUUUGCGGGAACAUGAAGCACUAGUUGUGGCCGAUGAUCUCUCCAUCUGGACACAUACGGCGUUUUGCAUCACAGCAGCUGUCAUACUCUGCUUUGAAAUCUACCACGGGUCUGAAACGGACCCAACAUCGGCGGACAUCCACAGAGUGAACGUUUUAGCUACUCGAAGUCGCCUAGUCACCAGAACGAGCGAUCUCCUGGCACAGCGCGGAGUUGUCCUUAUCGACUCACUGCUGGAACAGCGCCAGAACAAUGCGAUUGCAGCUGGUGCCUCUAUGGUCGACUUUGACUACAUUGCGGCGGCUCUGUAUCCCAUGAAUGAUGGACAGGCCCAAAAGCACGGUAUCACCGCAAACGAAGCUACCGCAGCAGAUGCUGGCCAGUCUGGAGAUUUUCUCGCAGAUCAUGGAUACAUUGAUGCUGGAUUCGACUCAUGGUUCAACGAAAUGUUUCUCGAUACCAAUAUCUACUUUGAUUCAUAG